AAAAAGAAAAUACAAGCAACCAAAAGAGCUCAGCUUCCCUGCAUCUCUAUGAUGGCCUUCUCUCUUGUUCCACCAGAUGAUCUGCUCAUGCACUAGCCAGGCAUGCGCCCCCCCGCCACUCCAGACGAACGCUUUGUGCCACCUGUCACAUCCCCUUGCCUGUUGUCUGCCCCAACCCUUCUUGUGUAACACUGGUUUUCCCAUCAUCAUGCAAACACACUUAUUUCUACCAUUUGAAAAUCCCUCCAGCUGAAUCCCCACCACUUCACAGAAGGGGAUCCUAUCCAACUUCCCACUCACCCUCCACUCUGUCUGUAUCCCUGAACCGGUUGUCAUUUCUCUGUUCUAACCCACUGCAGCUGGCAUCCAAGUUGAUCGCUACCACUUCCUGGAAACCCCUCUUCACCUGGUGCCCAGGUGCCCGCAUGCCCACACACCUCACUGAUGGGCCCUCAGGAUUCCUCCCCAUGUCCCUGCCUUAUAAAUGGUGAGGUACCUUGCUGCUUGGGCCUUCCAUCUCCACUCACUCCCACCCAGCCCUGGGGGUCUCUGCCAGUCCCCUGGUUUCACGUGCCUUGUGAUGCUCCCAGUUUUUUAUCUCCAGCUGGGCCUGGACCCUCAACUCCAGAUUCGUGGGCAUCUCCCACUCAGCAGGUCCAGAACAGAAUUCCUGACUUCCCCACCAAGCUUGCCCCUGGCUCUAGCUCCGGCCACAUGCUUGUGUUGGGGGGCCGAGAGCCCUGGUGCAUCCUGAACCUCUUAUCACCUCAGGGCCUUUCAACCUGCUGUCCCACCACUGGGAAUGCUCUCCGCCCAGGUAGGACUCACUUCCUCACCUUCAGAUGCCUUUCUAGGGGACGCCUGCAUCUGAGGGGUGACCCAUACCCCAACACUGCCCCUCUCUCCGUUGCUUUACUUUGCUCCCUAAUACUGAGCAUUGGCAGACAUUCUGUGAUAAGCUGGUUCCACGUGACUGUUGUGUCUGCCUCCGAGGGCAGGCACCCUUGUCUGGCAUGUUCCCUGCUGUAUCUCCAACACCUAGCACACAGUAGGUGCUGUGUGACUCCUGGCUCACGCCAGAGACCCCACUACUGCUGGUGCCACACUGCUGUGCAAGCCAGCAGGGGGCUGCAGGUGGAUACCCAGGCCUGGGGCUCAGAUGAGGUUGGUGGGACCAAGUUAGGGCUCAUCCACCUGUGGAGUGGGAUCGAGCCACGGAUGAGAAUGAGCAGAGAGCUCCUAGCAAGAACCACUGGAAGCCAUCAUUUAAUGUUUGGGCAGCCAGAGAGUGGUCCCAGGGAGCAGUGGGGAAAAGAGCAUUCGAGAAAGAAGCAGGCAGGAAGUUGAGGAAGCAUGGAGUCCUGGCAUCUCGGGAGGCCCUGGUGAAAGCCGUGUGUGGGCAGCGUGAGGGCUGGAAGAGCAUGGGGGCAGGGGCAGGAGAUGAGGUCCGGCUGGGAGACAGAAAAAUGGGACUGGAAAGCAGAGGGGAAGGAAGCCAGCCAGGGGAAGGUACAAGAUCGCCGUGGACACCUUUUGGGGCUGAUGGGGUGGCCCCUGGACCAAGAAGACGUCGAGGGGAGUGGGGCUGGCCCUGAGGUUGCAGGACGCCUGGGUCCAGGGCCCCAUGUUGGGCUGAGGAGAGUGGGUGGUCAUAGGCUGGGGUAGGUGUCCAGUCCUACCAGCCCCAGUCAGCCUCGUAAGGGUGAUUUCACCCCGUCAGAUGUGCCCGGCGGCCACGGCACCAGGACCAGGAGCCAGUUCAGCUCCUCUGAGGCAUGGGCCCAAGUGCUUCACAUGUAUUCGCACACUGUUGACUCUGGAGCUGGGGACAUGACUCCACUUCUUAGCAGAGGAGGUGGAGGCUGCCGGCAGGGCAGGGCCGGGCCAGGAUGCAUGUGCCCCAGGCAGCGCUGGGGUGUGGCCCUCCGGGGGACAACACACUGAGAGAAGGUGGUUUCCUGGGAGAAGGUAGUUUCCGAGCAUGGGCUCUGCAGGGUGGAGCUGUCUGGAGAGUGAGCCUGGGGGAGGGAGCCCCAGGGAAGGGGACGUAAGGAUCCAGUACAGAUGCGGAGGCACCCUGGGGUGAUGGGGAGAGGGACCCUUUCCGUGUCUGGGCCUCAGCGUCCAGAGUGGUCUUUGCGCAUAUUAGAAAGGACACUGCCGGAGGGUGGCCGUACUGCAGGCGCCACAUGCCAUUGGGGGCUCCCGGGAGUCUGGUGUGAGGGUGGGAGACGGGUCUCGGGCAGUUCGAGCCCAGCAAGCCUGCCCGCUC